AUGUCCGACGAUAAAGGUUACAUCGUUACUUUGAAAGAUGACACUUCCGACAAAGAAGCUGAAUCAAUCAAGAGCAAAAUUAAAGACUUGGGUGGUAAAAUCACCAAUGAGUUUAGUUUGAUUAAGGGAUUUUCCGUCAAAUUGCCAAAGAUUCAUGCUGAUGCUUUACAUAAGGAACAUCCAAAGAUUGCUAGUGUUGAAGAAGAUAAGGAAGUACACACUCAGUAG